AAGACACUUGUAAUACUGGCAAAUCAUUUUCAACAUCUUUAGCCCCCUAUGAUAAGCCAACUCAACAGACUGACUAUACAAACACCUUUUAUAUAAAUGAACCACACAUAAUUUUAUACAAUCCCAACACAAGUUACAAUAAGAUUCUACUAUCCUGCAACCUUCCUACACUUCUGUACCCACAAACUAUCAACUCUUUCAUUAAACACCUUGAAUCCUUCAACUACAACCUUAAUAACAUAUAUAACCUUACAUUCAAUCUAUUAAUUAAAGAAGACUACAGUAUUGCUUAUGUCUAUCCCUGGUCUGUCCACAACUUUGGACGACGCGGUUAUUUUAUAACACCAGUUGAAAGCUACAAAUACCUUCCUUUUAUUCUCCUCUCUACUAUAUCAGACAUCAACUCUCUUAAAACAGUAACUAUUCCUAAUAUGGUUAAAGAUGACUGGACUUACAAUUCAUACUUUUAUUUUGCACAAGAUGUCCAUUUCAAUCUUUAUAAUACUAAACACACCACUGACCCAAACCCAAGACCUCUUUCACAUUCAUCACAUCUUUGCUAUAACAGAUUUCUCAGAUAUCACAAUCUACCAACACUACCUGAACCACAAACUAUUAUUUCCUUUCUUAAUCAUCUUAAUCCUUUUGAAUACAACUUAGAAAACUCACAUAUUCAUACUCUUACUACAUUAAAAAAGACUACUCUGAAGCACAUAUAUAUCUACCUUUCAAAUCCAAACCAUUAUCAGAUCACUUCGUUCCACCUAGAGAAGCUCUAA